AUGCCUGGCCUGGAAAUCCCGGGCGAGUUCCUACGGCAUGCUGUCCUUGACACAGUGGUGCCUCAUGCUCCAGCAAUCGAUAUCGAAGGGGCCUUGACCUCGGCCCUGGAGGACGGGGCAGACGAUCUUCCCUCGGUGCUUUCCUCUAUUCCACAGAGGUCGCUUCUAUUCUUUGACGAAUCCCUCCCUAUCCGAGUUGUACUGCGACUCUCAGACUGCACGGAUACCAUACUGAAACAUUAUUUACCUCGUCUCGAAGUCCGAUUAGAUGUAUUUGCGGUCGACCCUGCCGAGACGGUGGCGGAGAACCCGACUCCAGCUAGGGAGGUAAUCUUCUCUGGAAUUGUGGACACGAGAGAGGAACCAUUAGUGAUCUUCAACGAGUUCGAGGGUGAAGAUGGGACUGGGAACCAUGUCUACCUCAUUUGGAGCAUGGAGACAUUCUUGAGUGCGUUCACACCACGAUGA